AUGGAUUUUUUACGGGUUAAGCGAUUAAGCGAUAUCUCACCUCAUAUGAACCAUAACCGAUAUGGGAGGUUUGUUAAGUUCAUUUUGUUUUCUGAUGCAAAAAAAGUGGCUAAUAUCUUUGUGUUGUGCUGUGGUGUAGCGUUUUCAAUAUCUAUAAUUAAGGCAGAGCAAGCAAUUCUGCAAUGCCUCAAUGUUGCAGCUAACGCUCCACAUUGGCCUAUUGGUGUUGAUGCAUUAUCAGCAAGAUGCAGUAAAGACUUGGAGUUGAAUUUUGCUAAGUCAUAUAAUCAGCUGCUUGGAGCAUUAGUCUUAAAGAAUUAUAAAAGGCAAGAUGCAACUUUAGUUAGUUGGAAUUCGAUGUACAUAGUAGAUUAGAUGCAAAUUUAUACAUUGUAAGAAAUAGAAUUGUAUGACAUUAAAUU